GGAAGUAGUGAAAACUUUUGACAACAAGCGUGCAUUUCUGAUCAUGCAUGUUUGAAGUGUCCCCUGACUGUCUUAUCUGUUGUGAUGUUAUGCUAUCAAACGUUGGUUUUGAGUAGUUUGGCAAAUUCUCACUGCUGCCUUUAGCGACAUCAUUCAAGACUGACUGACAAUGUCGGCUCCGACCAAAGAGGAGAGGCGAGUCUGCUGGGCAGCCAGGGAUGAACUGUGGAAGUGUCUGGACCUCACCGGAGAUAACGCCGAAGUCUGCAAGAAGUUCCAGCAGGACUUUGAACAGCAGUGUCCGGCACAGUGGGUGAGCUACUUCGCUAAACGUCGUGAGUUCCUGAAGUACAAGGAUAAGCUCCAGAAGGAGGGGUAUGAGCCGGCGCAGGGCGUCCCCAACUCGUAGCCACCAGGCAGCACAAGGGACGACCAACAUGGAGUGCUUUCCAAUGUGCAGACUCCCAUCCUCAGCCUGUGCUUGCGGCCUAGUGUUUUGCUGACGCCUCACCUCUGUGAAGAAAACAAAAAAGUUUCCCUGCAGUCAGCCUAGCCACAACAACAACUUUUGGGAGACUGUUCUUCAUUCUCCAUCCUGAUUGCAAAUGAGUAAAUGACAUUAGAAUUGCGCUUUUGUGAGAUAUUGAAUUGAACUUCUGUCGUCAGUGACGUCAUCGUGAGGUCACACGCAGGCAAGGGAGGACGGUAGUGCGCACAUUGGAAAGAGCCCAUAGCUUGUCAACGGCUCCCUUUCCUGGUUGGACUGCUGGACACACAAUGGAGCUCUGGAGUUCCUGGUCCCCAGAAUACUUGUAGUGGACUGCACCCCAAUGGGAACCCCACACCGCUCGAGCCAAAAUGGCACCCAAUGUCUCAUUGGUGGAGGCACAGAGCGUGCGUUACAAUAUGCAGCCUUGCCUCCUCCACUUGUGCUUGUGGCCUCCUGGCCCCUCCUCCGUGGAGAAAACGAUAAAGUUUCCCAGCUGUUUUUCAUUCACCAUCCCAAUUACAAAUGAGAAAAAGACUCUACAAUUAAGCUUAUGCAAGAUAUUGAAAUAUGAUGCUGUUGUCAGUGAUGUCAUCAUGACACAUUACUUCCUGAUAUGAGGAGAAGCACAAAUGGAGGAGGCAAGGUCGCAUAUUGUGUGUGCAUCUUAAUAUGGGACCUUGCCUCCUCCACUCGCUUCUCGUCAUGAUGACAUCACUGACAACAGCAUUAUAUUUCAAUAUCUUGCAAAAGCUCAAUUGUAGAGUCUUUUUCUCGUUUGCAAUUGUUAUGGUGAAUGAAAAACAGUCCCUCAAAAGUUGUUGUGGCUAGGCUGACAGCUGGGAAACUUUAUCGUUUUCUCCACGGAGGAGGGGCCAGGAGGCGGGGCGAGGAGACAAGCGCAAGUGGAGGAGGCAAGGUCACAUAUUAAGACGCACUCUGUAACUCAAUCAGAGACUCUCGGAACCACACACACAUGCACACUCUUAAUGCGCUCACAAGGGUACGCUACAAGCCCCCUUUCCAAUGAGAUUGUAAUAUAUUUGAUGUGACAUCCUGUAUUUUCCUUAUUUAUGGAAGUGUGUAGUGUGUGUGUACGUGAGUGUGGUUGUGGUUUAUCAAUGACAAAACCCAUGAGCCUGUCCUCACUCUGUGCCCUGAGACACCCUGAGACAGACUGCUUUAAAGGACCAGUUUGGUCAAUUUCAAUAUGCUGUUGUAUUGCUCACGCUACCCUUGACUUGUCAGUACCCAGUGAUGCCACAUUUUUCGGCUAAGCCCUUUCCGAUAUAUGAGCUAUUCUAAUGGGGGCAGCGUUUGUUUACAUUUUAAAAAAAUGUAACAUAGGCCUACUCCAAAUAUUUUCCCAAAAGGUAACGCUGUUUGCUAGUUGUCUGCUGAUGUUGUAUAAUCUUUCGGAUAUUUUUGGGAACAAAUAAAAAUGUUUUUUUGAAAUGUAAACAAAGCGCUGCCCCCAUUACAAUGACCAAGAUCUUGGAAAAGGCUGAAGAAGAAAAACAAAUAGCCCCUCAGGUACUGACAAGUCCAGGGUAGUGUGAGCAUUACAACUGCAUGUUGAAAUUGACCUGACAGGACCUGAACUGGUCCUUUAAGACUACUGUAUACUUGUGUGCUGAGAUGAUGUUUUCAAUAUUAAAACAUUUAAAAAAGAACAAAGAAAUGUUGAAUAUUUGCUACUGAGAUGUUCAAUGUUAAACAACAAAAACAAAUGCUGAGUGUGUGCUGAGAUUUUCAAUAUAUACCAAAAAAAACACGCUGACGCUGAAUGCACUGGUAGCCAUUUUAUUUUGUUUGAUCUGAAAGCUGAAAGUGUCCAGUAAAAAGCUGAUACAGUACAGGAGAUAAACAUAGGCCUCGCUUACAUGACGAUUUUAAUUCAGAAUUUAAUAGUAAACAGUCGAGUUUACGUUGAACUUUUAUUUAGUUCCGAAUUGUGAAUUGCGGAAUUAAUCUUCAUUCAGAAUUCAAUUGAGCUCAUUCUGAAUGAAACGCCUGAUGUAAAUAAGGCCGUAGACGAGAGCAG